AGAGAGUCGCUAUUGAUGGCGAAAAUAAAAUUAGCUUAAGAGGGACGGUGGUAAAAAGCACGUAGCUGAGCGACGCGAGGAGAGCGGAGAGUUGUAGAGAGAAAGAGAGGAGAGAGGUGCGAUUUAGGGUUUUAAAUCCUAUCAAAUCCAAAGGAAGAGUGCGUGAGCGAUUGAGGGUUGGUGAGAGAGAGAGAGGGAAAGAGGGGAGAGAAAUUUGUGGGAACUGCCCAAAUUCGCCAUUUCUAGGUAGCAGGGACCUCUUUUCAUCAUGACUGACCGGAAGCUCGUUGUGUUGGGAAUUCCAUGGGAUGUCGAUACUGAGGGAUUGAGGGAAUACAUGAGCAAAUUCGGGGAGCUGGAGGACUGUAUUGUAUUAAAGGAACGUUCUACCGGUCGCUCUCGUGGUUUUGGGUAUGCAACAUUUGUUACAGCCGAGGAUGCAAAGGCGGCAUUAGCAAGUGAGCAUUUACUUGGCAAUAGGGUGCUGGAAGUCAAAGUAGCCACUCCAAAGGAUGAAAUGAAAACCUCAUCUAAGAAAGUUACCAGGAUAUUUGUGGCUAGGAUUCCACCAUCAGUAACUGAAGCUGUUUUCAGAAGCCAUUUUGAGAAAUACGGCGAAAUAACAGAUUUAUACAUGCCGAAGGAUCCAUCUACCAAAGGCCAUCGUGGAAUUGGAUUUAUCACUUUUGUAAAUGCUGAAGCAGUAGAUGAUCUAAUGUCUGAGACUCAUGAGUUGGGCGGAUCAACUGUUGUUGUGGAUCGAGCAACUCCGAAGGAGGAAGAAUUCAGGCCAGUUAGCCGAGCACCUCAAAGCGGGGGUGGAUAUGGUGCAUAUAAUGCUUAUAUUAAUGCUGCGACUAGAUAUGCUACACUUGGUGCACCAACCCUGUAUGAUCCUCCUGGUGCCAUGUAUGGAAGGGAGGUACCUCGUGGAAUGGGAAAAAAAAUCUUCGUUGGUAGGCUGCCUCAGGAGGCAAGUGUAGAAGAUCUUCGCCAUUACUUUGGGAGAUUUGGACGAAUUUUAGAUGUUUAUGUUCCAAAGGACCCCAAGAGAACAGGUCAUAGAGGAUUUGGUUUUGUUACUUUUGCUGAUGAUGGUGUUGCAGAUCGUGUAGCUCGAAGAUCACAUGAGAUAUGUGGACAUCAGAUUGCAAUAGAUUCAGCAACACCUAUUGAUGAUGCUACAGCUACUGCUGCUGCUGGCCCAAGUGGUACUUACCCGACGAAUAACCCUGAGCCAUUUGGGUAUGGUGUGCCGCCUAUGCGCAGUUAUGGUAGGAUGUAUGGGAGCUUAGAUUUUGAUGAUUGGGGUUAUGGUGUUGGCGGCAGUAUGAACGGAGGCAGACCUCCACGUGCAGAUUACAGGUAUAGGCCUUACUAAGUCAGAGAGAUGUAGCAGCUGUAUCGAAUGAAUCCUGGACAUGUAAUUUGUUGCCCUUGUCAGAAUUGUGGAUUUUCUUGAAUCAUAGGAGGAAAUUAUCUCCGUUUGACACUUCUUUUUAGUUGUUGAGAGCAAGUGUUACUGUUUGAGUUAGAUGCCAUUUUAAUGUUGAAUCCCAUAUUUCUUGAAUCGUAGGAGGAAAUUAUCUCCAGUUGGUUGUUGGUAUUUUACAUGAAGAUGUUUUCUGUA